AUUGGGCGAGUUGCUCGGUCCUUGUAGAGUGGCUUCCUACCUGUUUGGGUGCUUGAUUUUUUAUUUAAUUUUCCCCUUCCCCUCCCCUCCCUUUGCCUGCUGUGUGCCGGUGGGGGGGAAGAACGGUGGGAUUGGCAGGGUCGCUAUUCCCCAGCCUCUCCGGAGAAAACUCGGGGACGGGAGAGCGCCUUCCUGCUCAUGGAUGCGUGGGGGGGGGCCGCGCCCCUCUGGAGCCGCCGCCGCGGGGCCCGGCUGCUACUGCUGCUGCUGACUGUACGGCUGGGGAGCGGAGCUGAUAAAGCAGAUGAUGAAGAUGAUGAAGAUCUAACAGUGAAUAAAACAUGGGUCCUUGCACCAAAGAUUCACGGAGGGGAUGUAACUCACAUACUGGACUCUUUACUUCAAGGAUACGACAAUAAGCUUCGGCCAGAUAUUGGGGUGAGAACUACAGUGAUUGAAACAGAUGUCUAUGUUAACAGCAUUGGCCCAGUUGACCCAAUCAAUAUGGAAUACACUAUAGAUAUAAUUUUUGCCCAGACUUGGUAUGACAGUCGUCUAAAAUUUAACAGCUCAAUGAAGGUGCUUAUGCUUAAUAGCAAUAUGGUUGGAAAAAUUUGGAUUCCAGACACUUUCUUCCGGAACUCAAGGAAAUCUGAUGCUCACUGGAUUACAACUCCAAAUCGUUUACUUCGAAUCUGGAGUGAUGGAAGAGUAUUAUACACUCUAAGAGCUUUCUGGCACCACGUGGCAGAAUCUUCCUCUCCCCAUCCCUUUUUGUCUAGUAUGCUGACAAUUAAUGCUGAAUGUUAUCUUCAGCUUCAUAACUUUCCUAUGGAUGAACACUCCUGUCCACUGGAGUUUUCAAGCUAUGGAUAUCCCAGAAAUGAAAUUGAAUACAAAUGGAAGAAAACAUCUGUUGAAGUGGCGGAUCCAAAAUACUGGAGAUUGUAUCAGUUUGCAUUUGUAGGGUUACGAAAUACAACUGAAAUUUCUCAUACCUUGUCUGGUGAUUAUAUUAUUAUGACAAUCUUCUUUGAUCUCAGCAGGCGUAUGGGGUAUUUUACUAUUCAGACAUACAUUCCUUGUAUACUCACAGUUGUUCUUUCAUGGGUGUCAUUUUGGAUCAAUAAGGACGCAGUUCCUGCAAGGACUUCUCUCGGCAUUACAACAGUGCUAACCAUGACAACAUUGAGUACAAUUGCAAGGAAGUCACUCCCAAAGGUUUCAUAUGUGACAGCAAUGGACCUUUUUGUUUCAGUUUGCUUCAUUUUUGUGUUUGCUGCCUUGAUGGAAUAUGGCACAUUGCAUUAUUUUACCAGUAACAGAAAAGGAGACAAAGGAAAAGAAAAGAAGACAAAACCUAAGCCAUCAAAACCACCUGCAAUUGCUGUUCGACCUGGAUCAACACUAAUUCCAAUUAAUAACAUUAAUCAUCUCCCUGAACGUGAUGAUGAUUAUGGAUAUGAGUGCCUAGAAGGGAAAGACUGUGCUAGCUUCUUUUGUUGUUUUGAAGACUGCCGCACAGGAUCUUGGAGAGAAGGAAGAAUACACAUCCGCAUUGCAAAAAUUGAUUCCUAUUCUCGAAUCUUCUUUCCAACUGCCUUUGCAUUGUUCAAUCUCGUUUACUGGAUUGGCUAUCUUUAUCUAUAAGUUUCAGAGGUUUGACAAACUCAGAAAAAAAUUGUGAAUUAAACAGUCAUUAACAUUUUUCAGUGAGCAGCCAGAGAUUAGAGCUGGUUCAAAACAACUCACAUUGUUUGGAUACUUAAAAAAAAUUAGAAACAAUGAGAGGAAAUACGGUGAUGUAGUCUCUUUCUUGUACUCAGCUAUAGAACUGACGUUGGUAUUUUGAAGAGAAAAUAUAAAUAUCCCUGAGAUGUAACUUGCCUGAACACAUACAUAUUUUGUCCAGCUCUAACAAAAUGCAGAGUCAAGAGGCUAUGUUAUUUAACUGGACAGUUCUACGUAAGCUUUCAAUUUUAAUUCUAAAUGAUAAUGCAGAUGAAUUUUGUAGCAUCUCUUUACAAAGAAAGCCUUAACAAAAUGGGAUUAAUUAUUCUCAUCCAUUUCAUCCAUAAGGUGAUGAUUUUAUUAGUCCUUGAUUUAAAAAGUUGAAAUGGAACAUUUCUAUUUUUUCAACCAGCCAUUUGUUCUCUGCAGUAUGUUAAAAAGAGUGAUUAAGUCAUAAUUAAUCAUAGUCAGAUUUAUACAGAACACAGAGAUUAGAGCAGUGAGAAAUGGAUAUAUCACUAAAACCCCAAGGGUAAUUCUGAGCUUGUCUUAUCCUGACUUUUGGCUUUCAACCUUAGAUUACAUUUAUGUCUGUGUUCCAUCUGCCGUUACUUCUCUGUUGUGGUUACCCCAAAGUUUUCCAAGAGGGCUACAACUUUCAAAAAUUCCUACCUAGCUGCCAUUUUUUCCUCAUUUCAUGGAAACCAGGAUGAUGCUGACUGAGAUUCUGGCCGUUAAGCAUAAUGCUGUUCACAUCUUCCCCGUUCCCUUCUUUGUCUGAUUCAUACUCAGGGCCAGAGAAAAAGUCAUAACUCUACAUGUGGUAGAAAUCGUACCAUCAGAGUUUGGAAAACCUGUAUCACUGCUGUAGUCUCACAACAGUAUUCAAAGCCACUAUGUUAAAUCUCUAGCCCUAGGAGUGUAGUGUGUGACUUACUUCACUUUGCAUACAGUAUGAAUUUGUGGAUUCUGCUUGUUACUGAAUACGCUACUCACUGAGCCAAAGCCAAACGGUAUGAAUUUACUGAAUCUGUGUUAUGGAUUGCCAUGUAAUUAUCUCCUUGAUAAUUGUUUCUAGUGGAAAAGCCCUGUUGGGGUUGGGGGCAGUUAAAUAAUCCUUAUGCAUUGCUGACCCUUCUCUAAGAUGGGACUUAUUGCCCGCCCUAAAAUUGUAGGACCAGUUCUCCAGCAUUUCUGUGGUCAGAGCUUCUGUUCAUUUCGGUAGCAGUUCUUCAGUAGUAUCCUUUCUGGACUGACUUCUCUGUGUUGACUAUUGCUGGCUGGCAGCAUUUAGUAUCUGAUUUCUAUUUUUAAAUACAUUGUCUUUAUCUUGGAAAAGUGCAGUCUUUCCUCCAUUCUCAAAAAUAAAUUGGUCUCAAGUGAGCUUGCAAGAAUCAUUGUAAAAUUAAGAUAUGCAUUAAGUAAGAGUCAGAAUUACACAGAAGACCUUACAGAUCUUUAAAGAGGAUUAAUGGGAUUAGCAUUUGGCUGUAGGUAAGGAUGUUCAGUACUGGAAAUAAAGACAUGAUUAAUGGCUAAUAAUAGAAAAUGAUACGUGAAGGACCCCCUCAAUAUUUCCUUUGGAUGUCCUCCCUCUGAAUUUCUCAGAAAAGAUUAAUGUAUAUUUUUAUUCAAGUUGGUACCAAACAUAGUAAGAUAUUAUAUGCAAUACACAUUUCAGAUGAAAUGUUACUGCAGUGUUCAGUCCCAAAGUUUAAUAGCGAAUGCAAGACUAUGUGCUGUGAUUCUGGAAGAAAGCGUGGCAGAGAAGAUCCCAUUUUAACACAAACUUUAUUUCAGUAUUUAGCUGGUGAGAUAUGAAAGUGGUUGAGAAUCUGAAAUGCUGCUGUCAAGGUUUGCUGACAUUAUUUGUUGCAUGACCUUUCUGAGCACUAACUUCUUCUGACUGUUAGACUGAGCACAGAAGUGCAGCAUCAUUAACAACACUGAUUUACUGUAAUUUAUUGUUUCUUUAGAGCCUCAUUUUCAGAAAAUGUUCAGUACAAAGGAAAUAUAUCAGUUUUAAUUCCACAGUGCAGUUUGAUGCUUUUUGACUGCACAGUAAACACAUUUCUCUGUGGGAGCGAUGAAGGUAGCUUCAGCAGCAGUAUGUUGGAUGUGUAGUUGAAAAACAGUCUACUCACUGUACAAUACAAGGCACAGAUAUCGUGAGCUCCUGAGUUUCAUUAAUUCACCUUUAAACAAAAGGAACUUCAAAGAACUUGGCACCACACAAGAGGAAAUACAAAUUUCAUAGCCUGCUCUCCUCUGGCAGAUCUAGUUAGCUUUUUCUAUUCAUGUGGUUGUCAGUUGCCAAUCAGCCUCCAGUGACUGAACUGGAGAACUGAAACCAUCCAGAAUUGGCAAGGGAUGGAUAAAAAGUCUUUCAUCUCUCAUUACUAUGAAACAAUGUAAUGGAGUAUUAAACCUAUUGAAUGUUACGGCUGUUUGGCUUAUGGACACACUCGCUUCUGUCUGUUGACAAACUUUUCUGUGUACUUCAUUUGUUUCUGAUGAAAUAAUUUUAGUUUCCCAUAGUACUGUGAGUGCAAAUAGAAAUGGGAAUACAGUGAACUGUAACAUGGCAUGUAAUAAAUGUGUUAUUUUAGUCCUCUGUGUUUUCUUUCUAAUCUGCAUGUGAACACUUCAAGAAAUCCAAGUGAUACUCAAAAUAAAUGACGAGAAACAGAGACUAUAAUUAUUUGGACUAAGAUAUUGCAGUCUUUUUUCAAACUUACCUGGAUAAAAGUUCAUUUACUGAUAGCUGGGAUCACAGUAGCUGGAGUCAUAUUAUUCUGACCAUUACUGAUUAAGCACAUGCUUAAACCGAUUCCUAAUCAGUAUUGUAAUUAGACCAAAAUUCAGAAAAGCAUGUGCUUAUGUACUGUCACAAAGAGUGAUGCUACCCUGAAUUGAUACCAUAAACACAUAUUUAAUUUGAACUAAUUUCAAUAAUGAGUGUUCAAUAGCUCAAAUGAUUGAACACUAAGGAUGAUAGCAGGAGCCUCUUCAGUAACUUUUCUCAGAGGGACAUAAGACAAGAAAUUGCCAUACAGGCAGAGAGGUGGAAAAGUCUGGGGAAUCUGUUUUCUAGUGCACUUAUAUAGGCAUCUCCUGAAGUUUAUUUUUCCAAAAAGAGACUUUUCCUUGAUAUUUCUAUAUUAGUGUUCACCACUUGUCUGGUUUAGUAAUGAGUACAAGCUCAGUGUGUUAUUUUUUUGGUAAGGUUUUGUCUGUGAUUGUACCUCACUGAUCUUCAGUGCAUGUCUUCUGUGUCUGAAUGAAUCUGUUUUAUGGAGUGGCAGUGCAACCAAAGCAUGAGCUCUGGGUAAUGUAUUUUAUAUUCACAUGUAGAUGUGCUUCAAAGGCUUUAACCUUAUCUGGUUUUCUGACAUUCAGAGACAUAGGAUUGUGUAAGACUUUGAAGGAGAAUCACCUCCAAUAUGUUUUUUAUAAUUUUCUGUUGCUUAUUUGCUAUGGUAAUAAAAGAUUUGUUUAAAAUUGGUGUAUGAACUAUGCUUUGUAAUUUGUGAACACCUUUGACCUUUCAGUUGAAAGCCAGCAGGAGGAGUCUGGAUUUAAAUAUCUGUCUGCCUGAAGUAGGGUAUGCUGUGUUUACGUGCAUCAGUUGUCAUUUCAGUUUACUGUGUCCAAAUACCUGAGAAUUAGCGCAAAUACACCUAUUUUAUUUUUAAAUCAUAGUCAGUAUAAUUAUUUUUAAUUUAUUGUAGUUUCUCUCAAUUAUGCAUUAAAUGAGAUCUUUAAUGUUUGUGAAAUAAUGUAUUUUUUAGUCAUUGUAACAGGUACAGAAAAUAGGAACUAACGUAGAGUUCCUCAGCUAAAGAAUAAAAGGCCAAGAAUUAGAAUUAGAAUUAGAACUAGAAAGAAUUGCUGUGCUUCUGCUUAGUGAAUGUCCACAUGCCCUGAUGAAUGCGUAUUUGGUAUUAAUUAGUACGAUAGACAAUGGGAAAGACCUAGUACCCUGGUGUCUACAUUGCUUUUAGUCUCCUUGAGGGCUAAACAGUUUGGGAAUGGAAACCUGACCCAGACUGCAUUCAAUCAUUAAGUUCCUCUUUCCUCCUGGAGUGUGAAAGGUGGAUCACACCAGGCAUGAACUAGCAUAGCUGGUGUACUCCAGGGAAGUUGAUAGUAGUUUCUGGUUAAAAGGAAGGGUGAUUUUUCCCUGCAAGACUGUAAUUUGAAUCAGGGUACCUGCUUCCCUUGAGAAGAUGGAUGUGUGUUGUGACUUCCAGAAUGAUGGAAAAUCAUCCCUGCACUUAAUGUUUAUUUAUGCGCAGAAGCAGUUUCAUUGAGUUGACUGUCCUGUUAUGAGACACUGAGACAUUCCCCAUGUGGUAUAGGGGGAGAGUUUUGGUUACACUCCUGGACAAAGUGUCUAAAUCUUGUCACAAGGCUCAGUAUUGUGGGUUCUGUGUUGUCUUUUGGAUUUGUUAUGAUGCUAGUGAAAAGGCAGUAAAUACGAAUGUUUCGGUUUUAGUUACUAGUAAAUCUCACUGGGGAAGCCAGAGUGUUAAUGAAGGCUUUAGAGGAAAUCUCAGACAGCUCGUGGAGAUAGGAGAUCAGCUAACACUGUAAAAGACUGAAAGAUCUAGCCCUUUUUUCCACAGGUGGCUCUUGUUGCCCCUUAGCAAUACCUUGUUUAUAAAAAAAAUAAUUUAAAAGUCUCGUGGUAUUUUAAGGAAAAAAUAAAUCUGUAAAAUCCCUGGACAAUCUCAUUCCACUUCCCAGUGACAAAUCUUGCUUUGCCUGCAAGUUUUGCUUAUGGUAGAUCGAUGUUACUUCAGCUGUAUGAGGAGAGCCACAGGGGAUGUAAGUCAGAAGACGUGUAAACUGUUCUACCAUGUUCUUCCUCUCACUUGCUUUUCUUAGUCAAGAAGAUUGUUUCAGAAAAGUAGGUAUAUGGCAUGUGUAAAUUAGGACAAUUUUGCUACAGAUAGCAGGACCUGAAUCCCACUAGAUGACAGGAUUAAAGACACAUGAAUCUGCUUGUAGUAAUAAAGCUUCUUCUUUUGUAAUUCUUUUCCAUACAUCUCUGCAUGUCUACUUGAGACUCAUUUAUCAGGUUGGAAGCAAUGUUUUUGUGUAUUUCUGGCUUCACAGAGUGAUCUUGUCAACAGGGUUUGAACUUUGCUGAAUUCAAAAGAAAAGGUUUCCUCCUGCAGCUUCCCUCUCCAGGUAUUGCAGGUAGGAGAUGUCUUGCUGCCAAGCAUUGGAAAAAUGAUUUUCAGUUGGUCCCACUGAGGAGGCAGACUGGCUCUAUAGAGCAACAUUAAGAUCGCUUUGUCAUUUACGCUUGAAAAGGUUGAGGACUGUUAACAACAAUAACCAGUACUGCCCCGCAGAUGGUAUAUUUAUUUUGCCAAUUCAAUAUUUAAAAAAAAAAACCCUAAACCCAGCCACUGUGGGUGGGAAGUGAGGAUGAGUUAUCAGUUCGCUGCAGAUGUCUAUUUCCCCUUGAAUUGUUUUUAUUCCUUAGGAAGAUGGUCAAUAGGAAUUUUUUGGCUUGUGGAAUCUGCAGAAAAGAGUUCAUGGUUUUUUUAAACAGGUAAAGUUAUGUUUGCCCCUCUGCCCACUGAUGGCAUAGGAGCAGGAACAAUGAAGGUGCUUGCACUAUGGCUCAAAUUUUCCAAGACAGGUAAAUGUGGAUAUUUGCAUAUUCAUAGGCCCAGUGUAAAUAUACAAUUUGUGUUCAAGCUUUAUUUACUGAAAAAAAUCUUAAUGGCUUGUGUGAUUUCACAGUACCUUUUUUAUUUCCCACCAUUGUCUGCUGUGGAUGCUUCGACUUUAUAUGUGAAUGUGAAGAGUUGUGUUAUGAUACUUACAGUUUAAAUUGCUAUAGAAUAUAAAUACUUCCUUAAAUGAAACUGAAGGAUCACAAUCUGGAUCUCAUGGUGAUUACUAUCUUGAAAGAUCUGAUAGUUGUUCUUAAUUGCUUUUUCCAAUUAAGUAAAUGAUAUUGCUAUAAUUCAUAUUCCCCUUCACUGAAGUUUUAUAAACAAUUGCAAUGUAUGGUCUAAAAACUAAAUUUCCAGAAAUAUCCUUCACUUGUUGAUUUAUUAUGUAUCUCGGUAUAUAUUAUUUUGAGGUUCCAUUAUUCAAAUACAGUCUUCAUGCAAGUCUCAGCAUUUACACUUCACAUAGUUUCAGUGAUUCACAGUUUGCCCUUUUCUAAUGCAUCCUGGUUUUUUAAAGCUGUUUUUAAAAAUGCUGAUAUUUUUAACUACCUAAGUGAACAUUCAUACCAUGCAUUUAAUUUGAUAGUGUUUUGGCUCCAGUGGACAAUGUUAUAAUAUUAUGUUCCUUCUAAAAUUAUUUAUUAAAGCCCUCAUGAAUAACUUACUGAAAAAAAUAUGGAACAUUAAGAUAAGUUUUGUAACUCUCGGGGUUGUAUUUAAAAUACAUUAUAUUAAUGCAAAUUUAUUUUUCUACUUCAGUUUUUCUUACCUAAGCCUCCUCAGUUAGGCUAAUAUUAUAAGUGUGCCAAUAUUUACAGUUCUACUCAGUUAUUUGGAACUUUUCCAAUAGCCUUGGUAUGCACUCGUCCAUUAUUAUAUUCAAUUACCUAGAAACAGCCAGGUAUCCUCAUAAGCUUUUAAUGUGAUUAAGCCAUGAUUUUUUCAGCCUGUCUUAAAAUACCAUGGUCUUUUGUGUGCAAUGCCAAAACUAAAGCAUUUGCAAGUAUUAAAUUGAUUGUUAUUUGCUUCUCCAUUUUGACAAACUCUCUCUGCUGGGUUAGAGUGAAACAUUGAUAUAAUCAUUUUAAUAUUUGACAACAUUAUUAGUGAGCAUGGCUGAACCAGAAGACUUCGGAGAUGGAAAACUGAUAAUGCUUUUGCUAAAUCCUAUACAGCUGAGACUUUGUGAGUGUGCAGAAUUUAUAUUAGUAAUGGCAAAGACAUAUGUAUAUACAUAUGUAUGUAGACUGGAAAGUAACCUAUGAAAAUUUUUACAUAUACAUCAAGUUCUGAUUGUUGUUUUAACAAGCUUAUUUCCCCCAUAAAAUUUAUGUUCUGAAUGUGACCAAAAAGGUCCAAAAAAGCCCCAUUUAGACUUGCACAGUUAAAAUGUAGAAGUGGUUCAGAAGCUUAGAAUUUGAUGGGUCUUGUGGAUUAGUUUUCGGUUGAACUCCUUUUUACUGAAGAAGAAAGGGAGAACACAAAUGUUCUGGUUGAAGAUAGGCAUUGAUAUCACUGAAAGUAAACAUCACAAUUCCUUCUUUGAUGAAAAGUUGAUUUAUAGAUAAAGGUAGAAGCAAAUAUCUUCAGUGCUGAGGAAGUCGCUGUGAUUGCAUUUGUAAAGUGGAUGGAUUCAGCUUGUUUUUUAAGACUUGUUUUUCAUGUUGUGAAUGUUUAGGCUUUUCUAAAAAUCAUCUCUUAAAGUACUCCAAAAGUGAGUAACUGGGCAUCACUGAUAGCAUUUUAAAUGAAUGUAAAGUUUAGAUUGCUACAGAAUAUUGCAGAAAGAUCAAAUAUGGUUCAAGGCUAGAGUUUUGUAGCCUUUUGUUCUCUUUUACCUGUGGGAUUUUUGUUUGUUUGUGGUUUUGUUGUUGUUGGUGGUUUUAAUUUUUCUCGAGGUCUGGGGAGAAAUGAAAGCAAAUGGAGGGAUUUCACCCUAUGGUUGUUCUCUGGUUUUUUUUACAACAGUACACCUCAUGCUGAAUAGUACAUCAACUGCUAAAAGCUGAUUUUGUUUGAGGACUCAUGAGACUUUGAGAGUGAUGACCAGGGUAAUACUAACAAGUUCAGAAAGGAGAUGCUUGUGGCUCUUAUUAUCAGAAGGGCUUUGGCUGCUCAAGGCCUUGAAAACAGAAUUUCUGACAUAAGAUUAUGGGAGAAAGCUGGGUUGUAAGGACUUCUAGAAAAAAUAAAAUCUUGGAAACCUCUUGCCAGGAGAAGGCUGGCAGUAGCUUGAAAGAUAGGUUUUAUAGCUCAUGAUUAUACUGUGAAUGUUAAUGUCUAUUGUAUUUUCAUAUAAAUGUUGCACUAGUCCUUGUGCAUUGAAUGGAAAUGUGCCUGCACCCUGGUGCAUGGUUCAUACAGAUGUUUCUGAGAUGUAGCCUGUAAUCUUCUAAAUGUAAAACUGAAAGCCAUAGUCUUAAAAAUAAAUUUAAAACCCCACCAUUGAAUACCAUGUGUUCUGUGCAAAAUGAACAAAUUAGAUGUUUGUGCUCUGAUGUCUCUUAAACUGAGUUUCAACACUGAACUUUGUCAAGCAGUUGUAAUGCAUUGUUUUUACUGUAUCUGCUGUGAAGUUGAUUGGUUACACUGUGAAAUAAUAAAUAGUGCCUGGCUACUUA